AUGGCCCCGAGGCUGGUCAAGAACUUCUUGGACAAAGUCAAGGGCAAGGAGAAGGGGCCCCGGGAUCAGCCGGGGGACGGCCAGGACGUGAACCGGCGCCCCCGGCGUCAGCUUCGCAGCUAUGAGCACGCGAUAGGCACGAGCGUAGGCACGGGCACGGGCGCGAUGCCCGGCGCCAACACCAACGCCCACGCCCAGGCCAAUUAUCAGAUGAUGGCGUCAGGUACCCCCACGAACCCGGGCCUGGUUACCCAGAGGAAACCCGUCCAGACCACGACCCAACUCCCGCACCACCCCGCGGCCGCGGCCGCUAAUGCCGCCGCCACCGCUGCUGCGGUUGCAGCGCAGCAGGCGAUUGUGAGCCCCUCGACACCCCAGGCGGCAUCCCAGGUGUCCCCACUCUCCCCCUCUGCGGUUUCCCCGCAGACCCCGACCGUGACAGCGCGCGUGACGAUACCGCAAGGUACCUCGAGCAACGAUGCCGCGAGCAUGAUACUCAGCCAGAUCGUGGCCUCCAUCGUGACGGCGCAAAACUCGUGUCCCAUCCACGAACAGUGCGACAGCUCGUGCAGCGGCCGCAUCGGCGUCAGCCAGUACCGCGUGCUCCCGUCGGGCGAGCGAGUCGACGAGACUGACCUGCGUCUGCAAGCGGCCACGGCAAAUGCAGCUGCAGCGGCGGCGGCGGCAGCGACUAAUACGACGGCGAGUGCGCCCCCUGUCGCCGAGGGACCUGCUGCAGAGCUGCACCAGCCUGCGACGAUUACGCCCUCGACACCCCUCUUCACCUACACGCCGAUCGAGAACCCCAAGGCGGAGAUUCGCCUUCUCAAAAUCAAACCGGCGUACGCGCGAGCGGACCCGCUCGACCUGGAACUCGGCGCGGCGGAUCGCAAGGUGCUGUGCAACGGGUCGCUCUUCAUGGCGCGCUCGAGCUUGGAAAAGGCGCUGAAGCGGCUGCGGGCGGGGUUCGCGGCGGGGACGCGCGAAGAGUACAUUUGGGCGGACGCCAUCUGCAUCGACCAGGGCAACGAGGAGGAAAAGUCGCACCAGAUCAUGCUGAUGCGGUACAUUUACUCGCGGGCGCAGACGGUGUACGUGGACCUGGGGGACAUCAAGGGCCGGUCCCUCAACUUUGGGGGCGUGACGAUGACGUGGGGCGGCGGAGGCGGCAUGGGCCAGCGGGACCUGCUGACGGAGGCGGACUCGAAAAAGCACCCGCUGUACUACAAGACGGCGUACCUGGCGCUGACGCAGCCGUGGUUCUCGCGCACGUGGAUCAUUCAGGAGGUGACGCUGGCGAAGCGGGCGCGCUUCAUGUUCGAGGGCAACGUGUUUGAGCGGGACGACCUGGACGCGGUGCUGGACCGGCGAACGCUGUCCGAGCACCCGGAGCGGAUGCAGGAGCUCCUGUCGAGCCAGGACACGCUGUACCAGCAGCAGCAAAACGAUUCGCUCAAGAUGGUGCAGCUCACGCGGGAUUUCGCCGCGACCGAGGCCAAGGACAAGAUUUACGGGCUCAUGGCGCUGAUGCCCGAGUACGACCAGGGGGCCAUGGGCCCUUACUCGCAGCCGCUGGCGACGCUGUUUCGGCGGUUCGCGGCGCUGCACGUGCGGUAUGGGCGGGCGGUGUCGAUGCUGGACAGCGCGGGGAUCCAGAGGCGGCGGAUCCACGAGUACCUGCCGUCGUGGGUGCCGGACUGGACGGCGCAGUCGCCGUCGCCCAAGGUGAUUUCGACGCUGCGGCCGAUUCGCAGCCCGAUCCACGACCCGGUGGCGACGUACCGGUCGGCGCUGGAGCGGUGGGGCCGGGGCAGCAAGACGCCGCUGGGCGGGGGCCGGCGGAUGGACGCGGAGGAGACGUUUCAGAUGCAGGCGAUGACGGCGUGCCAGGACCGGAGCUUCGCGAUCACGCGGGGCGGGCGGGUGGAGGCGGGAUUCCGGCUCGUGGGGGACGGGAGCCAAGUGGCAUAUCCGCAACCACACCACCACCCCACUCGAGCUUCAAAAGUCGAGCGCUUCGCCGCCGAAGCCAUCAGCCGCGGCGCCGGCACCCUGACCAACGUCAAGGGCGUCGUCACCGGCCUCAUCAACGCCACCGAGUUCCCCACCACGGAGCUCAAGCCCAAAGGCGAGGCGCGCGAGGUCCACGCCGUAUCCCACCACCUCGCGCCCUUUACCGUCCACGACACCGGCCUACCCGCACCCGCCCCCGGCGCGAGAUCCUGCGCCUAA